AUGCUAGAGGAUGUGAAUAAGUGUGUCAUUGCUCUUCAGGAGAAAGAUGUUGACGGUUUGGAUUGCACCGCUGGGGCUAUUCGAGGCCAUGCUGCCAGAGUUGUCCACGUGGUCACUUCUACGAGUCCACGAGUCUACACAGAGAAGAUGUUGACCCUCUCUGUGCUCCUGCUGCUGCCGUUGCUCCUCGCCUCGCCUCCUGUCUCCUCCUCUCCUCUGGUCAAGGAGCAGUCAGUGUGUGCCAGGACUUCCUGCGGUGCAGGUAGAGAGUGUGUAUCCACUGACAGAGGAGAACCAGUGUGUCGCUGUUUACAGCAGUGUGAUGUGUCAGAGCACUGGGUGUGUGGCAGUAAUGGCAGAUCCUACAGAAACCACUGCGAGCUGCACAGAGACGCCUGCAUCACCCAGACCAAGAUACAUGCGGAGCACAGAGGACAUUGUCUGGAGAAACCAACAAAGACAGGUGGUGUGAGUCCCAUCGUGUGUUUCCUGCCUGAUCGUGAUUGGCUGAGAGAGAGAGUGAUCCAGUGGAUUCAGGAGGAGGUGGAGUCUGAUAACUUGGCCUCAAAUGUGUCUUCAGCGCAUGAUCUGCUGCAAACAUACUUUCAGAUGUACGAUAACGGGGAUUUACAGCUUGAUUCAAAAGAGUUCCUGAGCUUCCUAAAACAUAAUGACACCGCCCUCAACCUCACAUACUCGAAUACUGUGGAGACUAACCUGCUACUGAGGUCUCUGUGUGUCGAUGCUUUGAUUGAGCUGUCGGAUGAAAAUGCAGACUGGAAGCUGAGUUUAAAUGAGUUUAUCAACUGUCUGACUCCCAGCUACCAUCCGCCUGAGAGAAAGUGUGCUCUGGAGGAUGAAGUGUUCGAGGACGGAGCUGAGACUCAGCUGGAGUGCAACAUGUGUGUGUGUGCCUGUGGGAACUGGGUCUGCACCGCUCUGACCUGCAACGCAGAGCAUCAGGUCGAGGAGGAUGUGAAGGACGGAGGAGAAGAAGAGGAGAUGACGGAGGAGGAGUGGAGCAGGAGAGUGGCUGAACUCAACGCGUUACAGGUGGACGGUCGACACUGAACUGCUGUGUUGGAGAAAUGAGACCUUCACCAUGGAAACCUGAGGUCACACCCACUGCACCCCAACCGGCCAAUCAGCAGCCAGAUAAGAGGAACAGCUGAUGUAAUCACAAACCUCUGCAGUAUCAAGCUGAAUCAGAUUUGUAUACAGACAGAUUUUUUAUAGUGUUACCAUGUCAAUAUGAUUGAUGUCAGUACUUCUAUG